GCAUCCUCUAGUCCUUUAUUCAUUUCUGAUCUAUUCGAGUCUGCCUGCAAAAGAUCUAUCAGAUCAAUGAACAUGAAUGGUGAAGAUAGCAGCAGCAUCUAUGACACAGUCCAAAAAGAAAGGAUGUAUGAGGUUCCAGAAACACCAGAAGAAAACGAAGUCCCUCUUUAUGAUAACAUCUAUGAAGGCCUGAGGUCAGAAGAUGAUGCAUAUGCCACUGAGCUGGAAAACCAUGAAUAUGACUCUGUGUCAGUUGAUGUUGCUGAGGGUGAGGAGUACAGCUUGACCUCUUCCCAACCAGAAGCAGGAGACUACCUCCUGCCAGGUGACAUAUGUCCUGAGUCCCAGGAUCUUCAACCGGGUGAGCCACCAGUCUCCAGUGAAGACUGGAACAACUCAAUGGAAAAAUCACACUCACCAGCCCAAGACCAGGAAGAAUUACACUCACCAGCCCAGGACCGGGAAGAAGUACCCUCACCAGCCCAGGACCGGGAAGAAGUACCCUCACCAGCCCAGGACCGGGAAGAAGUACCCUCACCAGCCCAGGACCGGGAAGAAGUACCCUCACCAGCCCAGGACCGGGAAGAAGUACCCUCACCAGCCCAGGAACCCCAGGAGGAUGGAGGCGUGAUGGAGAAAGGCCUGCCCUCUCCAACCUUCCCCACCCAGCAGAGUAGGGCCUUCUUUGCCAGCAAGGAUUCCUCCACCUGCCAUUCUGCUGCUGAUGGUUUGGAAGAAAGUGAAUCAACUUCCACAGACCCUGAGAUUAUCCUCUUUGUUAAGGCUGGAAUCGAUGGGGAAAGCAUUGGCAACUGUCCCUUCUCUCAGCGUCUGUUUAUGAUCCUGUGGCUGAAAGGCGUUGUGUUCAACGUCACCACCGUAGAUCUGAAAAGAAAGCCAGCUGACCUGCACAACCUGGCCCCUGGCACGCAUCCGCCCUUCCUGACUUUCAACGGGGACGUGAAGACAGAUGUCAAUAAGAUUGAGGAAUUCCUGGAGGAGACCUUGACUCCUGAAAAGUACCCUAAACUGGCUGCGAAACACCGGGAAUCCAACACGGCAGGCAUCGACAUCUUCUCCAAGUUCUCUGCCUACAUCAAAAACACAAAGCAGCAAAACAAUGCUGCCCUUGAGAAAGGCCUGACCAAGGCACUGAAGAAACUGGAUGACUACCUGAACACCCCUCUUCCAGAGGAGAUCGACGCCAACACUUGCGGGGAUGAAGACAAGAGGUCCCGGCGCAAAUUCCUAGACGGGGACGAGCUGACCCUGGCCGACUGCAAUCUGUUGCCCAAACUCCAUGUGGUCAAGAUUGUGGCCAAGAAAUACCGAAACUACGAUUUCCCAGCUGAGAUGACAGGCCUGUGGCGGUACCUCAAGAACGCCUAUGCCCGGGAUGAGUUCACCAACACCUGUGCGGCAGACAAGGAGAUCGAGUCGGCCUACGCGGAUGUUGCCAAGCGCCUCAGUCGGUCCUGAGCUCGGCCACCUUGCCCCACCGCUCCAGCAGAAGGACUCCGCUUCUCCCAAAGGACUCCGGCCUCACACACUCCUCUUCCGCGUUGCCUCGGGGACACUCCUUUUUGUAGCCGGCCGCCUCUUGCUGGCCUCAUGGAACCCCGGCCUGCUGUCUCUUAGGAAGGUCAGCGCCGAACCCAUCUGAUCGUGCAGGAAUCUGCAAGCAGAAAUGAUAGAAAUAGUCAAGCUCUCAACCUUUGGGCCGGGCCUGGGUUCCGUGCAUCUGGGGUCAGUGUUGGAGAACCCACGUAAGGGACCGUCACUGCCCCCUCUGCCAAUAUCAGAACCUCUCCUCAGCUGCAUUAGGAAAAUGUGCGACACUGUGCCCUCUUCCGCCCUCCUCUUUGUUGGGAACUCCACGGCCAAGGACAGAUGCCAUCGUAGUUCUUAGUAGAAACAGAUCCGCUGCGUUUGGGGGAGAUGGAGAGAGUGAACGGAGGACAGGCAGGCUGGGGAUUGGGCACGUGACAGACACACCCAGUGUUGACACCUGCCGUCCCACUGGGCGCUGAAGACCAGAUUGGAAAACCACUUCAGACGUAGUCUCUGUUUGCUGCCGUGCUGAGGGCAUUGCGAUGCCCUCGUGUAUCUGGCUGACACCAGCCUCUGUUUUUACACUGUCCAGGCCUUUCGAGGAAGGGAAGUUGGCAUGCAGUUGCAAAGCAGAGUGACUGGGAAGGGCCAGAGGAGGACCGUCAAUGCCAAAAGGACCACGGGGUCUACCAGCCAUGGAUUUUGCUUGCUUUAGGGGUAGUUGUUUUGGUGGAGAUUACAUUUGAUCCAUGAGUGAAUUUCAGUCUUGGAGAAAGCAGAUGGGGGGGGGGGGGCGGUUGGGUGAAGAAGUUCUUCAUGAGGCUCCAUGUUCCCUGGCAAUCUUUCAGAUAGGUCUUCUCUCUUAUGAUCUCCCUAAGUCUUGAACUGCUGAUGUUAUGUAUCACUGCGAACCCUAUAACAAAAAAACCCCAAGAAUUGGCCAAACAUGACUUUCCAGUUCCUUCAAGUUGCUCCUGGAUGUGGGUCUUGGGUCUGCUAGCUGGGCGCUCCUGGCUGAGUCGGCUGCAGCCUCCAUCGGGUGAUGGGUCCAUUUGGGAGGUGGCAUGGUCAUGGAACACCUUAGGAAGAAAGUCCAUGGGCCUUUCUGACUGGGAAACCAUGUGGUUUGAACUUGAAGAAAAAUAUGUGCCCCUUCUGGGCUAAUUUUCCUGCCAUCUGACUCACAUGCCAGAUGAAAAAGGAUAUUUUUUAGUUGGUAUUUCUCUCCUUGGUCACUCUCCUUGAGUGUCACCUCCUUCAAAGCUCACCUGGCUUGAGCCUGGGGACCCGGGCAGAGGAAACUCAGGGAAAUGAGCUAACCAUCGGCCCCCUAUCCUGGUGAACACCCUAUGAGAAAAGCCACCUGCCACAGGAUGAGGCUUCCAAGUGCUAGAAAGCCUCAGGACCUGGCUCGUUGCUCAGGAAGGGUGGCAGGACAGCAUGGGGCCUUUCCGUGAAGACAUCCAUGCAUCUUCAACCCGGCAGGCCCCAGACCCACCUGCCUCCAGGGAGCUCUGGAGAACAAAAGUGGCACACAGAUCUGAGCAUUGGGGAGGAAACAGGGGACCCCUUAGCCCACUGAGGAAGAGGAAAUUUCUCAGUAGGACAUUUUAUUAGCCUGAGAGCUUUGCAAGGGCAGGAGGAGUCGAUUCAUUUCCACCCCUAAAGGAACCUUCCCUGGGACUCCCCGGGAACUUAGUCCCGAGACAUGUUUAAAAAGGAGAAUGCUGAGGAAAUGGCAUUCUCCUCAGAGCCCACUGAGGAAGAGGAAAUUUCUCAGUAGGACAUUUUAUUAGCCUGAGAGCUUUGCAAGGGCAGGAGGAGUCGAUUCAUUUCCACCCCUAAAGGAACCUUCCCUGGGACUCCCCGGGAACUUAGUCCCGAGACAUGUUUAAAAAGGAGAAUGCUGAGGAAAUGGCCCCUUUUACUCUACAGUAAAGCCCCAGACUGGUCUCUUGGGAGAUGAAGUCUUGAAUGAUCCCAGGAGACUUUGAAUUAGUGUAAAUCCUGUUGUCCCCAGAAACCCCUCCCUGAGUUGACCAACACAGGCAUGAUGACCUAAGAGGCAGUUUACUUUCCAGAGACCCACAGUGGUGCUGUUCUUGAAGCAGGUAGGUGUUAGCAUGGCCAGCGCGACAGAGAAAACAGGCCACCCGGGGGGGAUGGCUCCCCGCACGAGUUGUCGGAUACUAAUGACUGAUUUGAUUGUCAGAAUUCAGCGUUGGCAAGUCUUUAAAAACAAGCCAAACCAAAUCAACAUGGUUGUUUCUAGAUAUUCCUUCUGUGGUUGACUUAGUUUUACAUAAAUAUUAAGGCACGAGUUUGGGGGGGCAGUUACGUGAUCACUGAUAACCAUUUAACACAGGGGGCAGAGUUAUAGAUGGAAAGCACUUCUGAGUACUUGAUUCAGGAAUAUCUUUUUUCUUUCAACAGUAGAUUACUAUAUAAUACGACUAUUGACUGAGAGCUUUAAUGUCUUAUGACCAGAUUUAUUAGAAUAUUUUUAAGUAACAAUAAUAUUAUCUUCUGAUUAUUUUUUUCCAAAAGAGAUUUGCCUCCAGAUUCUGCAGCCUCCCUGAAGAAUCUUGGCCAUAACCUUGUUAUAUACAUGGCAAAUCAUCUUCCAACAUCCGUAUGUUGAGGUCCUUAGGUGUCUCCAGAACCAACUCAGGAAGUAUUCAAGAUUUGCAGUGUAGACUCCAGAGUUUUAAGAGGAGGUCACCCUUGUCGCCGGUCUCGAAUGAAUACUGAUCCUUCAGAAAACAUUUCAUUGGCAUUUGAAAAGGUUUGGGAUGAGAUCCUAUUUUGUUUGGGAUUUAUUUUUCUUCUUUGGUUUCCGUGUCACUGUUUUAUUUGAUUUUUAUGGGAUAGCAUGGUGGGAGGCAGAGGCAGAAAGGAGAGCCCAACUUAGAAUAACUGUGUAGAAUUUACCCAUCUGUCAGGCUGGGCUGCCUCUCAGGAUGGCCCAGAGAGAAGGUAUUGGAUAUGAUUUUAAUAACUUUAUAAGAUGGGCUGGAUAAUGGUCCCUUCUAUUGUGUGUCUUUAUCCCCUGAUAAGGGAAUUCAGAUGCCUGACAAUUCAGAAUCACAGGCUAUGAAAAGUGAAAAACACUUUUAUUUGGUCAUACAAUCUAGGACGGUUUCAGCUUCCCAGGAAAUGCCACUGUUUUUGGUGUUCACAUCCCCCACUGGUGGGGCCAGCAAGGAUCUUGGCCUUUUCAUUAGAAAAAAGGCUUCACCAAGAGUGAAGUUUCCUGAGCUGCACAUGUUAGCAUUUAUCAAAUGAAACAACGGAAGCUCUUCACGACAUCUGUGCCCUCUGGCCACUCUGCAGGCAGACGACGCCAGCAUCUUAGAAUUGUUGCAAAAUGGAUGAUGCCUGGAACAGACCCUGCAGAUCUAAGAAUCCCAGGAGGCUUAGGCAAAUAGAAUUUAAGAAAGGGACAGAGUCAGGAGGGUGUGUUAGUAAGAGUUUUCCGUGGUGAGAAACCAUUGAGGUCUGUGUCUAAAACUCAGUUGGUUUAGAGACAGCAGGAGGUGUAUUUGACGCACCACUAUUGCCAGUGGCCAGGAGCCUUUUUGAUAGCAGAGUGAAUCAAGAUGCCAGUGUCUCUCUCCUUGGAAAGAUGAAGCAGUAUUAAGUCAUUAGUAAAACUAAGUUCAUUGAUUCCUAAGGGAUCACUUCGUCGUUUUUGAUAUGCCAUUGAAAAGAAUUGUAAGCGUUAGAGAAAAGUAUGCAUGUGGAACAUCUGGAGCUGAACAUCUUUGGGCUUGGAGCCCUUUCUGCAAACAAGACCAUUGUCUUCUAUCCAGUGCUUUGUAGCAUUUAAACCAAGGAACAUGUGCCCCCUUCAUGAAUGCCUGUUCCUCGACCUUUGCCAAUAUUCUUCUCGCAGCUUAGUUUCAGGAUGCUUUCCUUUCAUCAUUCGGUAUGAUCCAAAGUGUGCAUAAUUUUGUCUAAUGUUACCUGAGGAAUUAGAUCCAAUGUUCCCCUUACCCACCAAAAAUAAAAUGGAGGAUUGUUUCAUUAUAGGGUUUGGGCUAAUCUGUGUUUCGCUAAAAGCAAUCUUUUUUUGGAAAACCAUAGUUUUAAGGAUCCAAUUAUCUAAGGUAUUUUAUGUAUAGUUAGAGAUUUCAUAUUAUCGAUUAUGCCUAUACUUAAAAUAUAUAAUAUCCGGCUGAUGUUUGAAUUUGUCUUCCUUUCCUGAUUUCCUGUUUUUCCCAUUUGGAAAGCUGGGGUGUAGCUAAUUUAGCAAAAGAUGCCUAGCUUUUAUAGAAGGACAAAAUUUCAUUUUAGAAAGACACUCCAAAUGAUGGUCACUUGAUUUUCUCAAGACCUUUAACUGUGGUGAUAAAGUACUAAGACAUGCUUUCAAGCCUUAAUAAAUAUAAGUUGCCUUUUAAUGAAGAUAUUGUUGAAUGUUUUCUUCAUGAAUCUGAAGCAGUUAGAGAUUUGUUUUCCAGUCUUGAUUGGUAUUGGCUGAUUCAAAUAAAGUUGGUUUAUUUUCAAAUAUUACAAA